ACGUGACCAAGCCCCUUUCAUAUGUUGGCCGUGUAAUUUGCAGUGAGUCCUCUACCGAAGAUAUCGCCGAAGAGCCGUGUUUACCAAGUUUUCUCUCUUCGUUUUCCCAAUUUUUCCAUCUGAUAACUUCCAGAAAAAGAAGCGAUCAUGGUGAAGUUUCUGGAAGUCCUCAAACCUUUCUGUGCAAUCCUUCCUGAAAUUUCAAAACCUGAAAGGAAGAUUCAGUUCAGAGAAAAGGUGCUAUGGACUGCCAUCACACUGUUUAUCUUCCUUGUAUGCUGUCAGAUUCCAUUAUUUGGAAUCAUGUCCUCAGACUCGGCUGAUCCGUUCUACUGGAUAAGGGUCAUUUUGGCCUCCAAUAGAGGUACCCUGAUGGAGCUUGGUAUCUCCCCAAUCGUCACAUCAGGUCUCAUCAUGCAGCUCCUUGCUGGAGCUAAGAUCAUUGAGGUUGGAGACACUGCCAAGGACAGGGCACUCUUCAACGGAGCUCAGAAAUUGUUUGGAAUGAUCAUUACUGUGGGUCAGGCUAUCGUGUACGUGAUGACUGGUAUGUAUGGAGACCCUUCAGAGAUCGGAGCUGGUAUUUGCCUUCUUAUCAUUAUUCAGUUGUUUGUUGCUGGCCUGGUUGUUUUAUUAUUGGAUGAGUUGCUGCAAAAGGGUUAUGGUCUUGGUUCAGGUAUCUCACUCUUCAUUGCUACCAAUAUCUGUGAGACCAUUGUAUGGAGAGCAUUCAGCCCUGCCACAGUCAACACAGGACGUGGAACUGAGUUUGAGGGUGCCAUUAUUGCCCUCUUCCAUCUUCUUGCUACCCGUCAGGACAAGGUACGAGGUCUCCGUGAGGCUUUCUACCGUCAGAACCUACCCAACCUGAUGAACCUCAUGGCUACAAUCCUUGUCUUUGCUAUUGUCAUCUACUUCCAAGGCUUCCGCGUUGACCUGCCAAUCAAAUCGGCUCGUUACAGAGGACAGUAUAGCAGCUAUCCCAUCAAGCUCUUCUACACCUCCAAUAUUCCUAUCAUCCUUCAGAGUGCACUUGUUUCAAAUCUUUAUGUUAUUUCACAGAUGCUUGCUGUUAAAUUCAGCGGGAAUUUCUUUGUCAACUUACUUGGUGUUUGGGCUGAGGCUGGUGAUGGGGGCCCUGCCCGAUCUUACCCUGUAGGUGGUUUGUGCUACUACAUGUCACCUCCUGAGAAUUUCACCCGCAUACUGAGUGAUCCUAUUCAUGCUGUGGCAUACAUUGUCUUCAUGUUGGGCUCAUGCGCCUUCUUCUCCAAGACUUGGAUUGAAGUCUCAGGAUCAUCUGCCAAGGAUGUUGCUAAACAACUAAAAGAACAACAGAUGGUGAUGAGGGGACAUAGAGAGAAGUCAAUGAUCCAUGAAUUAAACAGGUACAUCCCUACUGCAGCUGCCUUUGGUGGUCUGUGUAUCGGUGCCUUGUCUGUAUUAGCUGAUCUCUUAGGAGCCAUUGGCUCUGGAACCGGUAUCCUGCUAGCUGUAACCAUCAUCUACCAAUACUUUGAGAUCUUUGUCAAGGAACAGAGCGAGAUGGGCAGUAUGGGAGCAUUACUCUUCUAGCAUUAAUUACUCUUAGAAUAACUAAAUAAUUAUCAAACUAGGAUAGGUAUUUUAUUGAUAGUGUGAUUUGGAUCGCAUGGACCAAAUCAAUAGGGUGCAUCCUGUCACUCUAAACCCCAUAUUACAAGAUUGGUUUGCUGCUAUGCAUCUUAAGAUCAGCCUAUGUUUAUCAUCGGGUCAUCUGACAUUAAUGGAGAGAAUACAUCAGUUCACAAUUGGCACAAUACCUGUUGAUUUUUUUUAAUAUGAGGGUUGAAUGUUGCCUUUCAAGCCUUUGCCAUGCAUGCUCGAUUCACUUUUAACAAUUUGAAAGAACUGAAAAUUAACCAGUUUAUCAGGCAAGUUGUUUUCAAUCUCCUAGUUUCUAACAUCAUAAAGAACUUUACUGUAAAUAAUGAAUGUCACAGUGCUGUUACUACAUACCUUUUACUUCUUUUUCUAUGUUUACUUUUUUCUUUUCUUUUGUCUUUUGUUUUUACUCUUCCUUUUGGAAUUCUGUGAAACAAGUUAAUGGCAUUCUUUGAUUCAACACUUUCCAGUGCAUGGAUAUCCUCAAUCCAACUUGGAUAUCAUUGUUUUUGUUGAUUACUUGUAGUGAUUAAGGUAAUUUAAUGGUCCAGAUUUGCUCUAUGUUGGAGGAGUACGGCAGGGAUUCUCUUAAUCUCUGUGUCAAAAUACAACAUGUGCAUGUCAAUUGUGUAAAAUUAUGUGGCUGUGUAUUGCCUAAAUGUAUGGUUUUGUUAUUGAAGCUAUGAUUUUUCAAUUAGAUUACAUAUAUUGAUGCACAAGAUAAAAAUCAUGUUAAGUAGGGGUGGCUGGGCCAUUUUUUAUUUCUUUUUGCUCCAAUGAAAUGAGUCUGCAGCACUUGUAAAAAAUGGUACAUUUCAUUCCAAACAAGUUUUAGCAAUAGUCUAUUGUCCAUUGUGUGUAGUGUCCAUAUAGAGGAACUGGGGAAUUUGGAUUGUAACACUUAAUCAAUAUUCGCAAGUGUUCUUACUACUUGUAUUACCCUGCCAGUUGUAGUUUUAAAAAAGUUAUCGAGUUCAAAUUACAAUAGUAAAUAAAUUGUAUAUAAAUACUGGACCAUUUUAUUUUUGUUUGAUAGCACUGGUCACAAUGCAAUUACCACUUUAUCCCAAUUUGUUUCUUUUCUUUACCUCUGUUAUGUUCUGUUUAAGUGCAUAUCUUAACAUUUCUCUGCCAUCUAUUUCAGAUAACUACCAUUUUGUCAGAGGUAUAUUGUGUCUGAGGUAGUGAUAAAAAUUAAAUUAAAAUCUUUGGACAGUUAA